CGCGCGGCGCCGCUCGGGGUUUGUAGUUCGCCCCUGCUAUUCACGACGGCCUCUGCGCCGUUUCCGCGCCGUAGCGUCCGGAGGGCGGGAUGGGGCGCUACGCCACGGCGGCGGCGUAAGGGCGGGCGUGGGGACUCUGGGGCAAGGCCGGGCCGGCGGACGAGCGGGAGGAAGGCGGCGGCGGAACGGCCGUGCGCCGCGGAGGAGGGCGAGAGGGAGGAGGAGGAGGAGGGGAAGAGGAGGGGGCGAAGUUACUGCGCCCGGCGGGAAGUGCGGGGCCGCGGCACGGCGAGAGCAGCGCGGCCGCUCAGGCAGCGUGCCCCUCCAGUCCCUGCACAGGAAUCCUGCCCUGCUGCUGGUUGUUGAGAGCUGUCCAGAGCCCUUAUCGCUGGGAUCCUGCUGUGCUUGUGAGGCGCUGUGUUAUUCAGCACAGCGAAGCCGAGCAGCCGCCUUGCUUGCAGGGUUAGCAGGGCGAUAAAUCACAGCCAAAGGGGCUGAAACCCUGAGUGAAGAGUGCGAGUCGACUCAGAAGCAGACCAAGCUCUGUCUCCAGGCGGGACCGAGCGCCGGCCCAUCGCCAGCCUGAUGCUGCAGGAAACACGGAGCCUUCUGGGAGCUGUAGUUCAAACGGACGCCGAUUGAGUGACCCAAAAUGUGAGAGCCUGGUGCAGCUGCUGCUCCUCCUGGCAGGCUCAGCACGUUGCCAGGGCUCUGUGCAGACCCUCUAGCAUGCUCCUCCAAGCGGGCCGUGCAGCUGGCGCCUGCAGCAGCCGUUCCAUUCCGGGGACACCGGGCUGAGCUCACAACCAACUGGGCAUCGCACCCGCAGAGCUGAACUGUCUUGGGCUGGCACAGCCUCAGACUGGAAGAUCUGCUGUUUACCAAUCAACACUCUGCUGUAAGUGAGAAGGGGAAGAAAACGUUUUAUUGCUGCUGGGUAACCCGGUGUCUAGUUAAACCUAUCCGAGGGGAAAAAAUAAAGAAAAGGAAACUAAGAGCACACGUGUUACUCAAGAUGCAUUUUCCUGGCAACAGGCCCACGUCUGUGUUUUUCCUGUAAAGCAUCCCUGCUUAUGCUACUUCCAGUUGAAGCUGUGGCAUAUCAGUAGCAGCAAAUAAAGGCUUCCUGGUUGUCACAAUGCGACUGGUCUCAGCAGGCAGUCUGUCAGGGUGAUUUUUCAGCCUGGCAUGUUUUGUAGCUGGGGUAUUCUGUGGGCUGAGGAGGAUGACAGAGCUCUGCUGCCAGGAUUAUAAAUGCACAGAGAAAAAGAUUUGAAAUUGGAUCUGUUGGUAAAGCUUUCCCAAGACUGGAUGCUGUGGCUUGUCUUGUUUUGUUUCUUCCCCUUGUCUCUCUGUCUGUGGCAUUACUGUGAUGUUGCUAAUGAGAUGAACCCUGCCAGCCCACACACCCUUCUGUUAACACUGCACUCCAAAGGCAGCCACAGUUGGCCAGUAAACUGGAAGAUACGAGUUGCCCCGUUGUGCUUCACUGAAGUAAUGCUAAUUGACUUAAUAGAGCACCCACUUGUAGAGAUUUGUUUGUUUUGGUUUUUUUUUUUUUGUGCAAAUCCAGGCCGCUUCUGCCGUGCCUUUGUUGCUGUUUUUCGUGCUUAUUCAGAUCACUCUUUAGUGAUGGAGAUGGGUUUGAAGUUAACCUUUAUUUUGAAGAAGCCUUCCUGUCCCUUGUCUUCACCACAGCUUGUAAUUAAGGUGCCUAUUUCCCCUUUCAGAUCUGUGUAAUCCCCUCUCUCAAAGUGACCUGAUAGAUUUCCAGUAGCUCACUGGGUAAUCUAUCACUGGUUUACAGUGUGCUGUGCAAGAGAGAAGAGGAAACUUUUCAGGCUUUGACGCUAAUUGCUUUGUGGCUAAGCUGGCUCUGCAAUAAAUCUACUUUUCCUAUCAAUCUUUUGCUUCAGGCUUUGGACACCUCUUCCUCUGCCUGCAUACUUAUGAAGAGUCAGUGCUGGGCAUUGAGUGCAGCUCAGCCCAACUCAGCUGAUGUGUAUGAGUUUCUUCUGUGUUAAAGUUGGGCCAGAACCUGUUUCAAGGCAGUUGAAAGAAGGUAAAGAUCCUCAGGCUUGCCUUUGCAUGUUCAUGUCUGUGGCCAGAAAGGUGUGCUGCUGUUCUGGACUUUGCUGAAGUGUAGCAUGAAGUAUGAGGUCCUGUUCUGCUGGACGAGGUUUCCAGGUUAAAUUAUCUUGUUACCUCAUUAAUAGCCCAUCUAGAAAGCUGUGUCCAGGCACCCAAUUUCAUUUAAUUAGAUCUCCACAAGUGGAUCAGCUAUUUGUUUCUUGCUGCGAUUAGGAAAACAGCUUAUUUGCAGCUUCCAGUCCCCUGGAUUUCCAUCUUGGGCCAGGAAUCCUGAUACUGGCCUCUCUCCUCCCAGCCCUACUGCCCCGUAAUGAACAUUCGAGUGGGUAAACUUCUCCCUUUUCUCCAUCUCCCUGCCCUCCCAUUUGUGGUGCUGUGUAACACCUGGCAAAGUGUGCCUUGUGAGCCUGAGUGCUUCUUGGCCCUGGCAGGUAGAGCAGUGCCUUGAGUCACAGCACUGUGCCCCGAGUCACGCGGGAAGCUCUGUGCUCGAGCCUGGAGGCUGAAACAGCUGCCCACUGUGCUGUCCUUCCUGUUAGACCUAUGCCUCAGUCUGUUCCUGGAGGGACUUUCCCACCUCUGCCUUCCGGCAACUUUGCAAGGAACUGGAACUUUCUGACAGCUUAAUUUCCUGCCAAGGCUGCAGCACUUGGGCUGCCUUACAGCGCUGGCUCAGCAGGUGAGGGCAGGAAGAAAGAGCAGCAAAACUCCAUUUCUUGUCACCAAGACUCCAGCUUUGUGCAAGACACUUACUUGGUCAGCAUGGGGCACUUGGUUUGCUUGGCUGUUUUGCAGCAUGGGUCUUGCUGGCAGCCGUGGGAGCUUUUGCUGUGCUUGAGCCAUAGAGUUGGCUCUCCUUGAGUUGGGGUUUAGCAUCUUGUAUUUCAGUCUGGCCUGUUUCUGUCUGAUGUGGAUGUCUUACUGCUUGUCUGCUCUUUUCCUGCCUGGUGGGGAAAAAGAGAGCUUGUCCUCCCAUCCUUCCCUGCUGUCUCUUCUUUUAUCGAGGUCCUCUCAGCAUGGUGAAUGCAGAUCGUGCUCAGCUUGGUGCCCAUGCCUGGCUUUACACAUGCACAGCUUUUGCCACCCUGCUCUGAGCGGCGAGGAGCUUGGCUGCUUGUCACUUGCUGUGUACACAAAUGCUUGAGCUGCUUUUACUUGCUCGUUUGGUAUGACACCAUCAGGCCUCUGUGCUGCGUCCAUCCUCAGUUACCUGUGCCUGACCUCUGACUAUUUAGGUGGGGAAGGCUCAGGAACCCUUGUUUCUCUUUGCAAGGAGCAGUUUGCAUGUGUGUGAAAGCAGAGAGCUUUGCUCCUGAGGGUGAGAGUAGGUCCAGCCUUUGUGAUGCCCAAGGCAGGGACAUGCACACAGCUGAGGGAAGAGAAGGGCUCUGUGUUGUAGCAGGAGGCUCUCAUCUUCCUCUGGCACAGCUCUGAGGAUGCUUUUCCUCCAGGUACAUGGGGGGACGCUGUGAACAGAGCUGAAUGGUGUGCAGGUUGGCUGUGUUUUCAUUGCUGGGUCCUAGCAGAGAAGGCAGUAGCUCAGAGGUGACUUUAUGGGGUUGAGAAACUAACGAGGUGACAAAGUCUUGGUCUUAGGUGUGGGAGGCUGAGAGCAGCGAGAUGUUGGAAGACUCAGGCAGGAGCUGAGCUGUGUUACGUGAACAAAUAGAUAACAAAAGGAGCGUGGGGAGCAUCUAUCACGUACCAGGGGGCUUCUGCACACAGGACCAAGUGAGGUGAAUCUGCCCUUGGCAUUCUCAGGGGCUGGAGCAGCUCCAGAAGUCUUCCUGCUGCACUGCAUGCCAGAGGGAAGAGCUUGGGCUCAAUCCUGGGAAGAUCUUGGGACAAGCUGAUCCUGCAGUUUCUUAGAUACAUUGGAACAUGUGAGCUAGGUCUUGUUUUUCUUUUAUCUUUUUUGUUUGCUUGUUUAUUUGCUUUCCACUUCAAAAUGGAAAUCUGCUUUGGAAGGGAAGGUGACUGAGGACAUCUGUGUUUGGCUUUGCAUGCUGUGGCAGAAGGGCUGGGACCCAACCUGCUAGCUGGUGUUGAGGCAUAGAGCUCAUCCUGCACCCUGGCAACCUCUCUGCUCUCCCAGCUGCAGGAGCAACCUCUGCAGGGAAGCUCUGCUGUCCUGAGCUUGUUGUCAGUGCCUGCUGCUCCUGGUAUCAGUGGAAAUUUGAGGAAGGGUCUGCCUCGCAAACCAGCAUGCGAGUGACUUGGAAGCAGAAAGAUGAAAUCUAUUUUAGUUUGGGAAGCAAUAUUUUGGGAGCAGUUAAGCAGUGUCAGUUGAAACCUGAUAAUUAUCACAGCUGCAAGGGGUAAAAAAAAAACCAAAAUCCCAACUCAGCAUCUUACUAAGGUGCUUAACUGCUCAUUUCCAUGAAUGAGUUCCACCCUUCCCGAGACACUUCAAUCUAUUUGCUUUGUUUCUUCCUGUCCUGAUGAGGUAGGUGGAAGCAGUGCUUUAUUUAUUAGAAGGAAAAUCCUGUUCCUUCGUGCCAAGGCAGAGGAGCUGUUGGCAGUUUGCUCCCCCCAGGUCUGCUCUGCUCAGCAGGUGCUGUGUACCUGUGUGGGGUGUCUCCUGGGCUGUCUCCCUGCCCGGUGGGAGAAGCUCCUAAAAAUAAAGCUCAGUGCUUUCAGAGAGGCUUUUCUCUUUGUAGCCUUUUUUAAUUGACCCCUUCCCUUGCUAGGGUGUACUUUGCAUUCUCAUCUUUCCAUCUUGCAGACUCUUCCUUUGCUUAUUGUUGGCCAAAGGCGUUUUCUGGCUCGGCGUGGCAAGCAGGUACGUGUUUUGCAUUGAGCUGCAGUGAUGCCUCUCCUCCUUUUUGCAAACGGGCUCCGUUCAGUGCUCCCCUCUGUGCACUGUUUGCUGGCUGCUCUCACCUGGUGCGAAGGGUAACCCUGGAGAGAAGGAUUUACUGCUUUGCCCAGAGAAAUCCGAUUUCAUGCAGCCCUCGCAGCCAAGCAGCCCACAUAGACCAGACAGUCUUGGAGAUCACCAGGACUUAGCAGGGUUAUCCUGAACCUAUUUAUAGGUCCCUGCUCAGCUCCACCCACCGCAGGGUUUUACUGCAGGGUUUUAAAGCAGGAUUCCCAGCUUCUCUCCUUCCUGCAGCGUGCUCUGGUCCCUGCUGCAGACCUGAGGAGGAGGAAGGGCUGAGACGUGAGCGACGCGUUGGAGCCAGCAGCGAUGCCGGCAACAGGCAUGUCUUGUGCCGGUUGUGGUGAGCUCAAACUGACACUUCUGCACGUAGGAGGAAGAGGCAAAGGGCUCUGCUUUUCCAGCUCAGGACUCAGAGGAGGAAGCGAUCUCGAUCCAGCCUGUGGGAUGGCUUCGUUAGGCCGUUUGGCUUCGUGAAGGGGAGAAGGCUAUUAACAAAUCGAGCAUCCCACCUUCUGCUUGGCACUGCCUGGAGUGAACUCUGUGUUUGGCUGUGUUUCUGCCCAACUUGCUUUUACUUUCUAUUUUUUCUUGUGGGAAAAAACACAACUCCUAAGGUGAGGCAGCUUGUUCUCUUAGCAGAGUGGGAAACUGGGCUGUCUCAGUCCGAGUUGAGCUGAUGACACUGGGAGAUACUUCCCCUCAUCACUGCUUUCAGCUAGCCAGAAGAUCAGAUUUGUUGCAAGCUCAUUGCCUAAGUUGGAGGAAAUGAGAGGGGAAGUGCCAGGGAUCCACGUUGGCUGGACCUGCAAGAAACCAAAGCCCUGCUGUUGUGCAGGGAGCUCAGUGUGGAGAUGUGUUGUCUUCAGCCUGUCUGAUGCACAGCAAUUAGGCAGACCAAUUACAGCGAGGUAAUCAAGGUAGGGAAAAUCGCGUUCUUGAGCUUUUAUUUUUACCAGUUCUAUUUCCUCAGCUCAGGCUUUGCAGGUUACAGAGAAGGCACCAUGACAAAGUAGCUAAUGUUCUUCAGUUAAUGGCCUUAUGCAGGCACGUUUCAGUAUUAAGCUUGUAGCAAAACUGCACCUGCUCCUUGAGCUGCUGCAUUUGAGAGGCUGUUAUCUAUCAAGGCCUUUCUUGGUCCCUUAGAACAGCCCCGGGAUUGAAAAGCUGUAUUUUAGGAAUCUUUGUUUCAGCCUUUUUGCUGUGCAAAGUAGAUUCUUCGCAAAGGUCUUUCUACAGUUCAUUCAUCUCUGUAAAUCCUGGUGGGUAAUUGAAUAAGCUCAGCUGUGCUAAUUUUUUCUUCUUCCUCCUUUCUUCUUUUCUCUCUGUUAAAUGUUCCCUUGAUCCGUUCCUUCUGACACGCAUCCAGACUGCCAUGCCUCCCUCCUUUAAGGAGACAUAUAUGUUUAAACUUCUUUGAAUGUCAGAGGACAAGAAAUGUUUUUGGGUUUUAACUGUGAGAUUCUAAGAAGCAUGAAAGAAGGUGAAAAGGAAGAACAUUCAAAGCCCCAAACCCACUUCUUUGGAUAGGGGGAAUGCUCAGAAUCUGCUAAAAAUUGGCUUGAGCUGAAAGAGGGUAUUUCAUUGCCCUGUGUGAGAUGCUCACAGAAAACGUACUUGUGCAGACAGCCAGUCAGCCCGUAUGCAGCGUCACUGCAGUGUUAGUGGGAAGCAGGAAAAGAGGGAUAUUUAGUUUUACGUACAUACAUCCUCCCUGCAGCCAAACCUGAGCCUGGAAACUCCUGGUGCUUCCCUGGGGAGGUUCUCUUCUGCAGCCCUGCACUCCACAUCUCCAGGCAGCAAAAGCAGGCUUCGGUGACACGGCCCUGGUCAGAGCAUGCACUAACAGGCUUCUAAGACAGGAGGGGUGUUGCUGAAAUCAUACCUUAUCUUUCUCUCUUUUUCCUUUUUUUUUUUUCCUUUUUUUUUUUUUUUUCCCCUUUUCUCUUUGUUUUUUCAACUCUUGAUCAGCACCGACCUUCCUUUCUGCAGUGAGUCGGGAACCUUACAGCAGCCCAUGCCGCAGCGCCUCGCCUGUCCCACCCGAACUGCCUGUGCCACUGCCUUGGACCUAACCUAGGAUAAAGCUCUGCGUGGCCUGGGUAGGGGGGAACCAUGGGGAGCUCUGCCUCGUCGCUGGCCGCAGAGACGGAGUCGGACCAUGGCUUCACUAGCCCACCCUACCCAGGGCACCCAGCUGUGGGCUGGUAUAGGAGUAGUCACGGUGGUCCUGUUUGGGAAAGUGACCUUAUAACGCGGCAGCAACAGAAUUUACACCAUCGGCUGCGAAGCCACUCCCACUCUCCUGGCUCCAUGGCUGCCGUGCACGAGUGGUCCUGCACCCGCUGCACCUUCCUGAACCCCGUGGGCCAACGGCAGUGCUCCAUAUGCGAAGCUCCGCGCCAGAAGCCUGACCUCAACCACAUCCUGCGGCUCAGCGUGGAGGAGCAGAAGUGGGCCUGUGCCCGCUGCACCUUCAAGAACUUUUUGGGCAAAGAAACAUGCGAGGUGUGUGGCUUCACUCCGGAGCCAGGGCCCAGCGGCUCUCCCUUGCCUGUCAUCAAUGGCAUCCUGCCCAAGCCUGCAGUGCUGGUGGAACCCAAGGGCACAGCCAAGGAGGAGGCUGCCAAGGUGGAAAGCAGCAGCGAAGAUUCGGAGGGGAAGAGUCCCGACGAAGCAGAGCUGGAGAGCGGCUGGGCUUGCCAGCGCUGCACGCUGCACAACACUCCAGUGGCCAACUCCUGCUCGGCCUGCGGCGGGCCACGCAAACUCUCCCUGCCCAAAAUCCCACCAGAGGCGCUGGUCGUCCCUGAGGUCAUCACCCCUGCUGGCUUUCACAUGGCCCCUUCCACCCCGCAGUCUUUAGUCCCCACCGACAUCUCUGAUGGUGACGCCGCGGCCACUCAGGGCCCGGUGGCGAUGGAACAAGAGGCACAGAAGAUGCCGGCCUUCAGCCCCUUUUCCCCCGGGCUGCAGAACAACCCGGUGCCCCGCAGCCGGCGCGAGGUCCCCCCCCAGCUGCAGAUGCCGGGGCCCGAAGCACCGCAGCCUGGGGCUCAGGGCGCUGCAGGGCAGAAGGGCUCCCCACAGGGCCAGGCCAGGGCCGCGCCGGCUGCCCGCCUUCAGGAGCUGCUGUCCAACAAGCGGCUGAGCGUGCUGGAGGAGGAGAUGGAUGUCAGCCCGUCCCACUGGAAGUGCAGCACCUGCUCCCUGCUCAACUCUGCCGGGACCGGUAAAUGCGAGGCCUGCAGCACCCAGAAAGGCAGCGACACCAUCAAUUUGGUGGGGGACUCGGUGAGAUUCACCCCCUGUAGCCCCUCCAGCCCUGACUUCACCACCUGGUCCUGUUCUAAGUGCACCCUCAAGAACCCCACCGUGGCCCAAAAGUGCAAAGUCUGCGGUUCCUCCAAGCUGCACGGCUUCCAGGAGCACAGCCCACAGGGUGAGCCAUCCCCCCGCUGCCCUGAGUGUGGGGCUGGCGAGAAGGGCAGCUGCUCCUCCUGUGGCACCAAGGCACCCUCUGCUCGCAAGGUCGCCCGUCUCUUCCCAUCCCAGCUGCCUGGCACUCAGGAGCGGCUGGGCCAGUGGGCUUGUCCUGCAUGCACCCUGCUCAAUGAGCUGAAAGCCAAGCACUGCGUGGCCUGCCAUACCCCGCAGCAGUACGUGGCCCAGCGCAAGGGACUCAAGCCCCUCAAAAGGAGGGAGAGCAUGCACGUGGAAAAGAGGAGGCAGACAGAUGAAGGAGAGGCCAAAGCUCUGUGGGAGAACAUUGUGACCUUCUGCAGGGAGAACAAAGUCAAUUUUGUAGAUGACAGUUUUCACCCUGGGCCCAAGUCUGUGGGAUUCCCAGAAGGGGACAGCGUGCAGCAGAGGGUGAAGCAGUGGUUGCGGCCCCACGAAAUCAACUGUAACAUCUUCAAAGACCGAUCGGUGAAGUGGUCGGUGUUCCGGACACCCCGACCCUCGGAUAUCCUUCAGGGACUGCUGGGAAACUGCUGGUUCCUGAGCGCCCUGGCCGUUCUGGCUGAGCGACCAGAGCUGGUGGAAAGGGUGAUGAUCACACGGACGCUGUGCCCCGAAGGCGCCUACCAGGUGCGGCUGUGCAAGGAUGGCACGUGGACCACGGUGCUGGUGGACGACAUGCUGCCCUGCGAUGAGUGCGGGUACCUCCUCUUCUCACAGGCCCAGAGGAAGCAGCUGUGGGUCGCGCUCAUUGAGAAGGCCCUGGCCAAGCUUCAUGGUUCGUACUUUGCCCUCCAGGCAGGGCGUGCUAUUGAAGGCCUGGCUACACUAACUGGUGCCCCCUGCGAGAGCCUGAUGCUGCAGGUCAGCUCCACUAACCCUCGCGAGGAGCCCAUUGACACUGACCUCAUCUGGGCCAAAAUGCUGAGUUCUAAGGAGGCUGGGUUCCUCAUGGGUGCAUCCUGUGGUGGGGGCAACAUGAAAGUGGAUGAUGUGGCCUAUGAGAGCAUGGGGCUCCGUCCACGCCAUGCCUACUCCAUCCUGGACGUGCGGGAUGUCCAAGGCUUCAGGUUACUGCGGCUCCGAAACCCGUGGGGUCGCUUCUCUUGGAAUGGCAGCUGGUCUGACGAGUGGCCCCACUGGCCUGCUCCCCUGCGCCACGACCUGAUGCCCCAUGGCAGCAGUGAGGGGGUCUUCUGGAUGGAGUACAGCGACUUCAUUAAGUAUUUUGACUCCGUGGAUAUCUGCAAGCUCCAUUCAGACUGGCACGAGGUGCGUGUGCAGGGCAUGUUCCCCAACAAGGCCAAUGGACCAGUGACAGUGACAUCACUGACAGUGUUGGAGCGUGCUGCCCUGGAGUUUGCCCUCUUCCAGGAGGGCAGCAGGCGGUCGGAUGCUGUGGACAGCCACUUGCUGGAUCUGUGCAUCAUGGUUUUCCGGGCUACCUUCACUAGUGGCAACAAGCUGAGCCUUGGCCGCUUGAUGGCUCACAGCAAACGAGCUGUCAAGAAGUUCGUCAACUGCGACGUGAUGCUGGAGCCGGGCGAGUACGCCGUGGUGUGCUGUGCCUUCAAUCACUGGAGCGCUGCGCUGCCGGGCUCCACUGCUGCACAGGCAUCCAGUCCCACCAGCAGCCGGCCGGCCACCGAUUACUCCAGCUACAUCCUGGCCAUCUACAGCUCCCGUCUGGUGAUGGUGGAGCAGGUGGAGGCGCAGCCCACCACGCUGGCAGAUGCCAUCAUCCUGCUGACUGAGAACAAGGGCGAACGCCAUGAGGGCCGUGAAGGGAUGACAUGCUACUACUUGACGCACGGCUGGGCAGGGCUCAUCGUGGUGGUGGAGAACCGGCACCCCAAAUCCUACCUGCACGUCCAGUGUGACUGCACCGACAGCUUCAAUGUCGUCUCCACGCGCGGCAGCCUCAAAACACAGGACAGCGUCCCUCCCCUGCACAGGCAGGUGCUGGUGAUCCUCUCCCAGCUGGAGGGUAACGCCGGCUUCUCCAUCACCCACCGCCUGGCGCACCGCAAAGCCACCCAGGCCUUCCUCAACGACUGGAUGUCCACAAAAGGCACCCACAACCCGCUGCUCACACCCGAGGUUGCCGGACUCCACGGACCCCGACCUCUAUGACGAAGCGCCGCUCCUGCCCCGCUCCUCUCUCCCGUUGCUUUCACCGAGCCUCCAGCCCAGGGUUUCCCCCCGUGCUGCCAGCACUGAGCCGUGGGGCAGGGCCGGAGCGUGGCACCGAGCACUUUGCCCUGUGCCAUGGGGCUGGGGCAAACUCUCAGGGCCGGGACCAGCUCUGCCCGCUGCCCCCCCCCCACGCACUUUACAAGGAGCAGUCGGGGGGCACGGGGCCAUCUCAGGAUCCCCCCCGCUUUGGGCACACAGCGUGGUAGCAGGGGGCUGCAGUAGACGUGGGGGCUGGAGGUUGCAGUCAGCGUCCUUCCCAGGCACCGCGCUCAGGGCUCUGCCCCGUCCUGCAGCACCAGGGCCCUGGUGCUCCAAGAAGAAUAUACCUCUGACGUCUGUCCAUCUGUGUGACCCUCCGUCUUGUCUCCUCUGUUGUCUGCUGCCAGGACUGAGUGGGCACUGAGGUACUGCAGCUGCCGGGGUUGUCCCCACGUGUUGGGGCCAGGAUGGAGAAGGCGCAGGGUUGUUGCAGAAAGCUGCUGCUGUUGGUUUUCACCACGCUUUGGGGCAAAACGAGGGCAUAAACCUCAGCUCCAGAGCGGGGAGCAGUGCUGCGGGGUGCUGCUCCAUCCCCCCCCAACCCAUUGCAGUGUUACUAUGCAAAGGCGGCCGCUGGAAGCAGCGCCUGGAGAGAAGCCAUGCGUCCCCUCCCCGCGCCCUGCGGGGUGCACGGGGCAGUGGCACGGGGCACUGGGGACAGAGCUGGGCUCUGGGGAGCAGCUCCCGCAGUGUGGCUUUGCUGGGGAGAGGGGCAGUGAUUCUGCAGGCCGAUGGUGAGCCCCAUCCAUCGGAGGGACAGCAGUCAGCACAAGGCAAAGGCCAAGAGCUGUGGGGGGCCACUGGGGUUCCAUGUUGGGGUGACCCUACGGCUGGCUGGCUGCACACAGCUGGGUGUGUGUGGUGUGUGUGAGGGUGUGUGUGUGUGUUCUGAGGGCACUGCUCUGGGGCAGC